AUGGAAAGAUUUCGAACCUUACUCGGCGGAGGCGGGAUGGGCAUGGGAGGAGCUACUCAUGGGACAGACAAUUCCAAUCUCAUCGACAACUCCGAGACAGUAUAUAUUUCAUCGUUGGCGUUGUUGAAAAUGCUGCGACAUGGCCGCGCAGGUGUACCUAUGGAAGUCAUGGGCCUCAUGCUGGGAGAGUUCGUGGACGAUUUCACAGUCAAGGUUAUGGAUGUCUUUGCCAUGCCUCAAAGUGGCACAGGAGUCAGCGUCGAAGCUGUAGACCCGGUUUUCCAGACCAAGAUGAUGGACAUGCUCCGACAAACAGGAAGACCCGAAUCCGUCGUUGGCUGGUAUCACUCGCACCCUGGAUUUGGGUGCUGGCUUUCGUCGGUUGACAUCAACACUCAACAAUCGUUCGAGCAGCUGAACCCCAGGGCUGUGGCCGUGGUGGUCGAUCCUAUCCAGUCUGUCAAGGGGAAAGUCGUCAUUGAUGCAUUUCGCCUGAUAAACCCGCAGCUUUUGAUGAUGGGCCAGGAGCCGCGUCAGAGCACGAGUAACCUGGGCCACUUGAACAAGCCGUCAAUCCAAGCACUGAUUCACGGCUUGAACCGACACUACUACUCGAUCGCGAUCAACUACCGAAAGACUGCCCUGGAGGAGAACAUGUUGAUGAAUCUUCACAAGCAUGUCUGGACAGAGGCGCUGGAAAUGAACGAUUUUCGAACAGAAGGCGACAAGAACAAGGAGCGGUUGCAGCGACUCGUCAGCCUGGCCGACGGCUACGAGAAGCGCGUCAAGGAGGAAACUGAACUGACAAAGGAGCAGCUCAAGACGCGAUACGUGGGCAAACUAGACCCCAAGAAGCACUUGGAAGAUGUCGGACAGGAGCUGAUUGAAGACAACAUUGUUGCCGUCUCCAGACAGAUGAUCGACAAGGAGGCGACAAUGCCGAAAAAGGAAGGUCAAGCCGGAGAUGCCAGCGGCGAGCGGAUGGACAUUGAAGAAGAGGAGUUGUGA